ACUUAAAGACGUGUGCAUAGCGAGAGAGGUCCCAGUACUAUCUCAUCCUCCUCUCCCUUUCUCUCUUUCCUUGGCCUUCGCAUAUAUUGGGGAUCCAUGGUCUAGGAUCACUCAAUUGGAGUGAAUUCCUCCUCCUUGAUCAAUCCAUUCCAAGCCGAGAGUUUGCAGAGUUUUCCUUCUCGAAUUCACGAUGAAGCCGGCGUUGAUCGUUCUGCUCCUGGCGAUGCUCGUGUUUGCUCCUCUGGUUUGGUCGGCGGAGUUGAAUUCCACGCUCAGAGCCUCGCUGAGAAAGAGAAGGCACAAGAAAGUUGGAAAUGGACUUGGAGGAACGCCUCCCAUGGGGUGGAAUAGCUGGAACCAUUUCGGUUGUGGAAUCAACGAAGGUCUCAUCCAGAAAACUGCCGAUGCCAUAGUCUCCAGUGGAUUGGCGAAACUUGGCUACGUUCACAUCAAUCUGGACGAUUGCUGGGCCGAGUCAACACGAGAUGGACAGGGUAAUUUGCGCGGGAAGAGCUCCACUUUUCCAUCGGGCAUCAAGGCGCUGGCCGACUAUGUCCACGCCAAGGGACUCAAGCUGGGAAUAUACUCAGAUGCCGGCUACCAGACGUGUAGCAAGCAACAGCCGGGAUCGCUGGGCCGGGAGGCCCAGGACGCGUCCACAUUUGCGAGCUGGGGUGUUGAUUAUCUCAAAUACGACAAUUGUGAGAACGAUGGAACUAGUCCUAAAGUUCGGUACCCAGUCAUGCGAGACGCACUGGCCAAAUCCGGUCGGAGUAUUUUUUAUUCACUCUGUGAGUGGGGUCAGGAAAAUCCUGCGACCUGGGCUGCCGAUGUUGGGAACAGUUGGCGGACAACAGGGGAUAUAAGUGACGACUGGAGCACGAUGAUGUCUCGGGCGGACGAAAACAAUCAGUGGGCAAGUUAUGCUGGACCGGGGCACUGGAAUGAUCCUGAUAUGCUUGAGGUUGGAAACGGCGGAAUGAGCGUGGAGGAAUACCAGACACACUUCAGCUUGUGGGCUAUAAUGAAGGCACCUCUACUGAUCGGCUGUGACGUAACAAGCAUUGGAAGCGAUUACCUUUCCAUACUCUCGAACUGGGAAGUCAUCAAUGUAAACCAAGACUCGUUGGGUGUACAGGGCAAGAAAGUUAGCUCGUCGUCGUCCCUAGAUGUCUGGGCCGGGCCUCUCUCGGGCGGUCGGGUCGUGAUCUUAAUGGUGAACAGGAGCUUCAUGACAUGGAGUAUCACAGCCAACUGGGACGAGAUUGGCUUGAAGUCGGGAACGAAAGCCACUGGAAGAGAUCUAUGGCAGCACAAGGACUUGCCAGUUGUGUACACCGGAAGCAUUCAAGCGUCCGUUCCUUCGCACGGCUGCAAGAUGUUUAUACUGACGCCAACGUCGUGAGAAAAGAAUUGGUCAGGCGGGCAUUAUACGAGCAAAACCAGGUAUGAUCGAUCAAACACAGACAAAAAAAAAGAAGAAAAAAACAGAUUUUUUUAAGAAAUGGGAGAGAAAAUCUCCUGAGAGAGAGGUUUCGAAUGGAAGAACAGCGAAUAAAACUUCUUCCAAAAGACGAAUAAAGAAGAGUUGCUUUUGAUCUUUA